AUGUAUCGCAUUGUAAAUCCACUUUUGAAGAACAUCAUCCACCGGAGUCUUUUUGAUGCUACUUCAAGGAAACAAUGUCUGCAGUAUUUAAAAACCUUAAGAACUUUGCAGCUUAAUGGCUACAACACCAUCUUCUUAGGUGAAACUGAUAUUUCAGAAAGUCUAAUAACAGGGGAAAAGGUUCCUUGUGAAGAUAGUCUCAGCUGGCCUAUUUGGAGUAUUGUACAUGCUGGAAACAGCCAAGGAUGGGUACCAUGGCGAUACAGGGUGUUUCUACGGGAUGACUUACCCUUAGACCAGCAAGAAGAUGUUUUUCAGGAAUUCUGUGACUUUCUUUCAAUCACCUAUGGAAAGUGUGCCAUUGUGGUCAAAGAGAGAAAACUGUCAAGAGCAAAGAUGCAAGAGUCUAGCCAACAGCUGGAGAUAACUGAACCUCAGUCUAUUUCUCUUCCUUCUUUAUUGACCAUCAACUGUUGUCCUGAGACUGCCAAGGCCACGGGUCAUGAACUUCUCUCAGUGCCUUUCCCCUACAGCUACCUUCACCCUAUGGAUGCUGCCUGGUCGUCCUUGAAAUGGUUCAUUAUCAAUAACAGGAAGGAAUUUUCUCUGAUCUCCUUGGAGAGGACCUACUCAUACCAGUGCAUCCUCUUUAGUGACUUGAUUGGAAAAGGAAUUGAGAAAAUGAACCCAAAUAAAUGGAAGGUGGCAGUUAGCAAGGUUCGGAGAUGGGAAAACUACUACUUGGAUAAGUUUUCUUAA